AAUCGCGGGAGGCGGGGGGCGGGCGGCGGCAGCAGCUGCCACGUUGCCGCCGGCGCAGCCCGGCCAGAAGGGGGAGAGGUUCGGCAAAGUCCGGARCCGCUCGGCAAUGGCCGGAGGCGGCUGCUGAGGCGGGGAGCGGCUGCCGGCUCGCUGUGCCCCGCUCGGCGCGAGGGCGAUUGUUGGCUGGGCGCCGCCGGUUCGGCCGCCCGUGAGGGGAAGGAGCGCGAUGCUGGCCGACAGCCUGGUGGAGGAGUUCGAGAUUCGCGAGGAUGAGCCCUGGUACGACCAGCAGGACCUGCAGCAAGAUCUUCACCUUGCUGCUGAACUUGGGAAGACACUACUGGACCGUAAYACUGAACUAGAAGAAUCCUUACAGCAAAUGUGUGCAACAAACCAGGAGCAGCUGCAGGAGAUAGAGUACCUCACGAAGCAAGUGGAACUGUUGCGGCAGAUGAAUGACCAGCAUGCAAAAGUCUAUGAACAGCUGGAUGUGACAGCAAGAGAACUGGAAGACACUAAUCAAAAACUGGUUGCAGAGAGUAGAGCUUCACAACAAAAGAUAUUAAGCUUGACAGAGACUAUUGAAAGUCUACAAACACACAUAGAUGACCUGCAACGACAAGUGGAAGAGCUGAAAAAGCCUGGCCGAGGCCGGACGAGCCAGGAGCGGUCUGAGCAGCCGAGAUCAAUGCACAGUUUCUCCUGUUUGAAGGAGCUCUAUGACCUCCGCCAGUACUUUGUUUAUGAUCACGUGUUUGCAGAAAAGAUUACUUCUAUGGAUAGUCAGCUAAGUCCUCUAGAAGAAGAAAAYGAGAAGUUAAAGAAGGCAGUGACAGUUCUGCAAGCCCAGCUGAACCUAGAGAAAGAGAAGAGGGUGACCAUGGAAGAGGAAUACAGUCUCAUGGUGAAAGAGAACUGUGAGCUGGAGCGGAGGUUGGUGGAUACAGACUUGUACCGGGCACGGGCAGAGGAGCUGGAAGCAGAGGUGGCUGAAAUGAGACAGAUACUUCAGUCUGAAAACACRCUCCACAAUGCAGAGAAAUUGGUGCCAGAAUCCUUUUUCAUUUCAUUCAAGGAGUCUUUAGACAGGGAGCUUGGCCAGAGCCUGGCAGAUGAGGGACUGGUGACAGUGUCGGAGCUUGAGAAGAAGGCCCUGAAACGGAGCAGCAGUGAGAGCCUCCUGAGCAGUGCUGCUGGGGCAGACAUUCUCAGGGGCCACGAAGAAACGUGUAUCAGGAGAGCUGAGGCUGUGAAGCAGCGAGGAAUCUCUGUGCUUAAUGAAGUUGAUGCUCAGUACAAUGCUCUGAAAGUGAAGUAUGAGGAGCUUUUGAAGAAGUGUCAGAUGGAUGAAGACUCUUUGAAACACAAGGCUGUACAAACSCUGAAGCAGUAUUCCAAAGACCUAAACGCGGGGAACACCCAGUAUGAUCUUUCAGCUAGCAAUCAAGAGUUCACAAUUGCUGAGCUAAGUGACUCUUCCACAAAUGCUCUCCCUGAAUAUAAAGCACUCUUCAAGGAGAUUUUUAGCUGUAUCAGAAAAACAAAGGAGGAAAUAGAUGAACAUAGAGCAAAGUACAAGACUCUCUCCUCUCAGCCAUAACCUUAUGUGUUAGUCAAGAACACACUUCAUAUGAAUGUUGGAAACAUCCCUUAAAUGGAUUUCUUGAGCACUCAAAAUGAAUGUUUUGGAUUGGCUGGUUGCCCUGUAGUUAACAAGCKAGUUAGUUAUCAACUAGAUUCCCUGUUCCUAUGUAGCAGUAGAUUKAAUGUUUAGCACUGUCACACAAACUAGUGGUUAUAAAGCAAACAAACAUCAUGGCUUAAUGCUACACUACUACUACUUCAUAUUACACUUAUCUCUGGCCAGAGCAGUAACUGACACUUGUUUCCUUAGUCCACCUCAAAAAUAACAGAGCUCAGAACUCAGAAUCUCUCACAGGAACCAGACUGAAGCUUUGCUGUGGGUCACAGGGAUGAUCUAGCCCUGUAACUACACUGAUGCAGAAGAUUUCCAAAAGCAAAGCCCCGAGCAGUCUCGGGGAGCCUCUCCUCAGCUCCAGGAGGAGGGGAGCAAUCCAGCUGAGCUUUGGCAGGGUGGUGGAAAGCUGUGCUUGCUUUAAGCCAAUACCACAUUUUCACAAUACUGAGCUGCCCCACAGAUGAGUAUAAAUGUCUUCCUACUAAGAGAUGAUUUGAUGUAAAGUUUGUGUGGCUUUUUUAGAUACGGUUUCCUUUGUAGGGCACUUUGUCUUAAGGCAAGAUACUGUGAAUUGACUCUGUGUUGUUUGGGACCUACUGUUCUCUGGUGGAUGUCUGUACAUUUUAUGUGUAUUUGGUAAGUUAGUUGUUAUUUAGCUAUUUAACUUUAGAAGUAGCAUUGACAUAGUGGAGUAGCUUUUAAUGUUACACACCACAAACUCCAAGUGCUUGAGGAGACAGGCCAGGUGUAAAACCUUCCAUUGUUUUGUCUGUUGGUUGCAGUGUCAGCCUCUCUGGCCCURUUCUGUGCUGCCUGUGGGGUGGUGGGAGAUGGAUACAACACUGCCAGCUCAURUCCUGCUGAAAACAGGGGACCACACUCUUGUUCUUCCUCUCCUUUUCCACUCCCUAYUAGUAAUUCUACGUAUUUAAUUUCUGCAAAACAAAGGACGUGGGGAAGGUUGUUCUUUAGAACAGCUUCAAAGUGUGAAGAAAAGAGCGAUUAAGAGGGAGAAAAAAGGCACAAUGAAAGGUGACAUCCUCCUUKUGAAGGGUCUCACAGUUUAAUGUGGCCAGCAGCUUCCUGCCAAGUUGYUGUGAGGUACCAAACCCUUGACCUGGAAUGUUGAUCGUUUCUCAGCUUUAGUCUGAGCUUUAGUCAACUGCUGCUGCUGCAGCUCUGCUGCCUUACGCUGUGCUCUGUCCAGCUCGUCCUUCAGGUACAGUAUUAAGAYUUCAUGUUGUGGGAGUUUCUCUAAAAUGUGUAUUGCAGUCUGAAAAUUAUUUAAAAAUGGGAAUCUGAAUCUUCUGAAUAUUUUUCUAAGCAAAUAAAUAAUCCAGUCAAGCUGCAUGUGUAAGUAGUAAUUAUAUCCAUUUGUGCCAAUCAGGAAACAGCAAACAGCUUGGUGCAGAUGCCACCUGCAUUAUCUAGUCUUGCCAUCUUUCCUACAGAGCUCAGAGGGAGUUCCCAUGAAAUUUGUAUUUGUAAAUACAAUAUGCUAAAWGGAAGAGAACAGGCCUGUCUAGGAUAAAAAUCCAGAUAGAAGUAAGUGUUUUCUCACUGUUGUGGUUUUUGUUAGUGCUCAAAAAAGAGGUGAGUGGGGGGGAAAGGCAGAAAAGCCAUUCUGCUGUGAGGUUACUGUGUCCUGUCUCACCCCAGUUAGACUGGAAAGGCACAGAAUGGUUCACUAACAGUAUUUCUUACCACUUUGAGAGCAAGGGAAUUCUGCUGGAGCAGAAGACAUGUAAAAGCAGUUCCAAAUUCUCGGUUAAAUAGGUGAUCAUCAGUAGUUUUAUUACUUUUGGCUAAUUUAUACCACUUUGAUAUAUACAAUUUCUAUGCUUUAAAAAUACCAAAAAUAUUUCCUCAGAAUUACUGGAUUGUUCUGUACUGUACCUCCCCCUUGGCCACCUGUGCCAUUGCUGAGCUCUGGCUGUACUGCAGCACUCACCUGUGCAAUAAAUCUCUCCAGGCUGGGCUUUUCUUAGAGCUUCUCUUGGAGCAGCUUUCCCCGAGAGCAGCCACUGGGUCAGUGCCAGCCAGGGCUGCCUCAACAUAAAACACAUCCCAGUUUUAUUGAUGGACUUUUUUAUUAACUGUACUAGCCUAUUAAAUAAGGUARAGUUUUAGCAGUUUAAAAAUAGCCAUUUUCCACCAAAAUGCAAAAUGCUGUAAGUAUGGCGAUAAUAUUCUUAGCCAUUCUUAUCUGGAUUAACUACCUUAAUCUGCUUAUUUUAGUCAACAACUCAACUCGGCCUUUUCUGAGCAUAAGUAGAUGAAAUCAAUAGAAUCCCCUUGAGCUUCUCAUGUGAUGGAAGAGAACGGGCAGAGAACUGGCCCAGCGUUGUGCAGUGCCACAGCAGAUAAAUACUCCUGCAAGUGGGGUGAGUGCAGUGGAGUAACCAGGGCUGCUCCCUGUCCUUCCUUCCCAAGCCUUCAGGAUGGAAAAGGAGCAGCUGCAGCUUCUCUUUCGUCUUUGACAAAUACAARGCGGGGUAGAGUUGACCUUUGAGAUAAAGUUUUAUUUAAAAAUUACACAAAAUAGAGGUUUUACAUGGUUGCCAUGUGGUAACUACAGCUGGAUGCCUUCCAGAGGGUGCCCUCGGUAAGUUACUGCACUCUAUCACACACAGUAAUGCACAAAGUCCCUCAAAACAACCCCACACCAGUAGAAGAAAUCCAGUAGUUGUUGCCCAUGUUUCAGGUGUUGGUACUUCCCCAAAUAACUCAUUUCACAGACAACAGGUGAGAACAAUUGCAAUGUAUUACAGAGUUCACAGACAGUGAUUUUGUUCCCCCCUCCCAGGCCUGACAUUCCCAUGAACACGACUACCUGCUCUCUACAGAGAGGGCUGCAAGGGCUAUGACAAUGCUCACAGUAUGAGCAUCCAGGGAUUUAACAAAAACUGGGAUGGUUGUAAACAAAUUUAAUUUAUUGGCAUUACUUACAAAAUAAAGUUUUAGACCAUGAUUUUCCAUCAUGUCUGUG